CAGAGAUUGACAUUGAAGUUUAACUGUCUAGCUUCAUAAGUGAGAAAGUGAAGGCAAUUUUAUCAGUUAUUAAUGGAACUUUUGGUUCAAUUAGUGAUGUGUUGUGAUGCUUCGCAUUUAACAAGUUCAACCUUUUAUCAGUCCUUGAUCCUUCUCUGGCAGUGAUAACACAAUCUAAUGGUAAUAUUUUACGAAGAAUAUUGCACGUUUUCAAUUUUCAAUAUUGUUGAAAAUUAUAAUUGCGAACAAAGAAAAAAUGUACACAAUUCAGCAUGUUAGACGUCCAGAGAAACCCGAAAAAGAGUGCAUUCACUCUGGACACUUUAUGGUAUCUACAUUCGAGGCUGAAGAACAAGAUGAUGAGGACAAUGUGGCUAUUCCUCUUCCAGAAAAUAACAGUGAUAUUAUACCACUGCCACUUGUUUCAGUACAACCAAAAAAUAAAAAUUUAUCCAAAGUUCCACAGAAAACACAACAGCAGCUAUCAAUUGAUACUAGUUUAGCAAAACUCUUUCAAGCUAUGAAUAUCGCCUACAGACAAAAACUAACCUCGCCGAAAUGGAAUAGAUUUAGAGGCAUUAGAUUACGAUGGAAGGACAAGAUACGUUUAAAUAAUGUGAUAUGGAGAUGCUGGCAUCUGCAGUUUAUAAAGAAGGAACGCACAUUAGUAUGCCAGUUUGCGUCGCCUUUAGAUGUAGAUACGCACAAUAAACCUGAGGCUGUGGUUUUAGAAGGUAAAUAUUGGAAACGAAAAUUAGCGGCAGUAACAGCUGAAUAUAAAAGAUGGAGGAUGUUUUACAGAAACAACAUCCUAGGACACGUUACCAAAGAAGCAGCAGAUUCAUUGUUAGAUUUGGAUAUACCGGAAUGGGAUACUUGUACGGAGAAUAUGAUGAUGGUGGAUGAGGAUUAUAUGGGUCUAAUGAGUGACACGUUGUUUUCUACAAUUGUUAACCAACCGUUCGCUUUUCCGGAUCCAAGGGAAAUUGCUAAGGCUGGUAUUGCGGAUUUCAUCCAACCAAGUUUGAAUCCGCUACAACCAAAUUUGGAAGAUUACAUGGAUUUGGACCCUUUCCAAGAAUUGAUCGGAAAUAAACUGGCAACGGUGCUAGAAGAAACGCCUACAUCACAACAUCCCACCGGUUGGGGUUAUUUGGAACACAACAUCAACAGUCCAGAACCUCCAGUCGAGGUACCCCCCAUGCAAGUGAACCAAUACCAGCUGUCCCCCGGUCAGCAAGUACCUUCGAUAGAGAAACCAAAGUCGCCUCAGCAUCAAAAUAUCGUACCUGACAGAUACAAUGAAAUGGUGUUACAGCAGCAACAGCAACUUUUCUCCGACACGCAGUCGUCUUAUCAGUCUGUGAUAUCGAAAAAUAAUACACAAAAAAAUACCAAGACACCUGGAACUCCCAGGAGUACUUUGGUAUAUAGCAAAUCCAUGGAUAACAUUUAUCCGGCUUACAAUCAAGUGCAGCAGCAGAGUACCCAGGGGCAGGUUGCGGAAAGGAUUUCGAUAAGCGACACAUCACAAGCUCAACCCCAACAAAUACCCGAAUAUCUAGCCUACAAAUUGGUCACCUUACCACAACAACAAGGCUACAAAUUUUCAAUAGUACCAUCGCCGAAUAUCAAAUUCACCACCCCGCAAGUACAACAACCGAUCAUCCAGAGAUACUCGUGUCUAACUCAAUACAACAGCCUCCCCCGGUCGAAUACAAACGAAGACGAGCAAAUAAGAAGAAGACGCGGGGGUACGAAGGGGGCUCGAGGUAGAUCGAGAUCGAAUACGAGGGAACCAGUCAAAAGACCGCCGUUGGUAUCGACGGCUAGCGACCCGUCUCUGCUGACCCCCCAGAAUAGCGUCAUAUUAACCCAAUUGUUGACCAACAAUUCGGAACCAGUCAGUAGUGUAUAUAACCGUAGCAUAAGUCAGGGUAACGUGGAAAUGCUUCCGAAACAAAGCCACAUAAGGAUAAAAGAAGAAUCGAAACCGGUGCCGAUGUUGCCCCAAUCGACUCUAAUAAUACCCAACAUGUCGACUGCCCAAUCGACGUCAGACAACAUGCUGUUGAAUUCUUAUAGUAGUUCGAAUAGUCCGGUAAUGGAUCCGCUAUCGCAAAAUAUUCAUUCGCCGACUUCGUCGCAGGGUUCCGUAGGAUCUCCGGGAGGCGACGGUGCCAAUCAACGCGACAGGAGAUCCGUGCACAUACACGCCGAACAAAAGAGACGCUACAACAUUAAGAACGGUUUCGAUAUGAUCCAUUCGCUCAUACCUCAUCUCAAUCAAAAUCCGAACGCUAAGUUAAGUAAGGCAGCUAUGUUACAAAAAGGUGCUGAAUAUAUCAAACAGCUGAGGGAGGAGAGAAAUCAACUGAAAACCGAAAUGGAAUCUCUCCGGCAACAAAUCGAAAGCCUCAACGCAGCUAUCAGUAAUUGUCAGUCAAUGUUACCCGCCACCGGCGCUCCUGUUUCUCAAAGGAGGGAUAGCAGGAUGCAGGAAAUGUUUGAUGAGUACGUUAGAGUACGUACGAUGGAAAAUUGGAAAUUUUGGGUUUUCAGCCUGAUUUUUAAAUCGUUAUUGAAUUCUUUCAAUAGCUUAGUAUCGAGUUCUAGUCUAGACGAUUUGUAUCGUUCCACGAUGUUGUGGGUUGAACAACAUUGUACCCUUAGUGAUCUCAGACCAGUGGUUUUGAAUUCGCUGACCUACUUGUGUAGAAAGACGGACAUACUGUCUGAACCGGAGAAGUUACCCGAAGAAGCACUACGGAUAGUAACGGAAAGUAAAAGCCAAAACAAUAAUUAGUUUUUAAAAUUUUCGAAGAAAUUACUUAACAAAGGAUACCUUGUGCUCAUGAAAAAUGUCGUUUGUUGCUUAGGAGUUUUAUUCGGUCCGGAAAGAAGAAGAAAUAUACCCCGAAUUGAGUACGUCUAUUUUCCCUGUAUGUUAAUUUCGUUUUUAGUGAAAUUCAACUCCAACUUGUUUUUAUUUUUGAGAAAACUUUGAAUAUAUUCCAGAUAUUUUUUUAAAAUAAUAAAACUUUUAAGCGAAAGCUCAUUUUUGACUAUUAAGACUUGUUUUUUUUUGUACUUUUGUAAUAAUUGCGAAUUUUCAGGGAAACUUUUGCCAGAACAAUUUUUUUCCUUCACACAUUUAUCACAAUUUGAUUUAAAAAAAUUUUCCUGGAAAUUUCUAUUUUGUUUAUAGAAAAAAUUUCGAAAAUAAUUAAAAAUAUUUUCAAUUUCAUCUCAGUUUUAGUACAAUUUAACCUUAAGUAUCACAUGCGUUCGAUGUGUGUAAAUAUAAUUGUACAGGUUGAUUUGCUAUACCGAAUGUCCCAAUAAAUCUUUAGAUUUCAUAAAAUUCACUAUCUCUUAAUAUUUACAAACGAACAAAUUAAGAUUUUAAUACUUACGUUAUGGAAUUUAAAAAUAUAUUUGAGACUUUCGGUGUGUGUUUUCACUUCACUUUAUACAAAAGAACAGAUAGAGUGCAAUAAAAUUCAUCCUACAUAACAUUCCGAUACGAUAACUUUCUAUCUAACCUUCAAUUGAAACCCUAACGUCUAUUUUACCGCACCACCAUAUAAACUGUCCAGGCAGUUCCAAAAUUCUAAUUAACUCCAUCAUCUAUGGCUAGCAUUUUCGCUAGAGCUAAAUGAACCAAAGUUUCACCAUCUCCCCCUAAAAAUACACACUUCUCAGUUUCUGCUAGACCUAAGGAAGCCGGUGAGUAGGUACAGAUGAUUUUUGAUGGGGUCCAGAUACUCUUUGGAUCCAGAGGUGUCAAACGGACUUUUUGGAGGAGUCCAGCUUGGAUUAGAUUGUGAUAAAUUUCUUCAAACAUAACCGAAACGCGGACAACUCCAGUAUCCGUAGCUGAAAACUUCUUGUAGCAUUUUUUUUGCAAUUCCAAAGAAUUCUAGACUAGAUUUCCCAGAUUUUCCCCACAAAAACUAAAUUCCUCAGUUUCUGCUAGACUUAUGGAAGGUAAUGAGUAGGUCUAAAUGCGGAGGAACUUUUUGGAGGGAUCCAGCUUGGACUAGAAUAUGAUAAACUUCUUCCUACAUAAUUAAAACGUGCCCAUUUUCAUAUUGCAAAGGGUUCAACUUGAAUUUCAUAUCCAUCCAACCAAAAUUCAUCGCUGAACAUUUUGUUGAUAUAUUUAUCAAUUUCUUUUCCAUAUUCUUUUUCUGAAACUUCUUUUUGGAACUUUUCCCUUUCCCUACCUUCCGAAAUUUGAACAAACUAAGUAUUUGUGUUGUUGACAGUUCCUUGUAGACCUUUUUUUAACUCGGAGGUAGAGUUUCACCAUCUUCCCCGCAAGAUCUACUUACUCCUUAGUUUCCGUUAGACCUACAGGAUAGCUUUUUGGAUCUAGUGGUAUUAAAGGAACUUUUUAAAAGGGAUACAGCUAGGAGCAAAGCGUACAAUUUCCUUAUUAUGAUGAUUUCAACUUGAAUUUCCUACCAAAACAUUUUGUAGAUCUUUUGAUCAAUUUAUUUUUCCAUCUAACCGAGCACCACUUUUAAUUUAAUUAUUUUUGCUAAGUACGGUCUCAAAAACACUUUUUAAAGUAAUCCGGUACCACUAGAAUGCUUCUCUUCCAGUUUUCUCCUUAAAGAAAGAUUAGUAGUCAAUAGAAACCUUUGUGGUCCUUUUCCAUGUACCAUUUGGGUAAGUUUUAAAAUUUAUUUUGGUAUCAUUACAAUUCCUGCAUUAAUUUAAACGUAUAUAUUGAGCAGUAUUCUAACUUGAGGUUAUCUUCCUACUGCAAAGGAAACAAUUUUAGUAUACCAAUUGAGGCUUCAUCUUGAUCCCAAGUCAUCGUUUUAUUUUUAUCGGAUGUUUUAAAGGAAUGAAUUUAUUAUAAAGAAAACUAGUUCUUUUGUAUUUUUUUUUUGUGUUAUCAUCCUGUACGAAAUAUUUCCUUGUUAGUGCCUUAAUAAAAAUAAAACGUGAUAAUUUUUAUGUUUACAUAUUUGUCAUUUAUAAAAGGGUACUUACAUUAUAGUUUUUUAUUAUAAAAAUGAAUGUUAUAUAUAUAUUUGAAUGUUCUAUUUACAUUUUAUUUUAAAUAAACUUUGUUUUUUUUUUUAUUUUUUAAA